AUGACAAAACGAUUCUGUUGUAUAAUUUUCCUUAUUUCAAUCCCAAAAUGCUAUUAUCUCUACACCAAGGAUUUUCGCGAACCAUCCAUUGAGGACAGAUCGACUAAAAAAGCUAGAUUCAAGGAAGAUGAAGUGGUGGAAGCUCCUCCAGCAGGAAUGUAUUUUAAGGACAAAGUUCUACAGAAUGACAGAGAACGAGCAUAUUCUCUUGCGGGUAGCCUUGAUGAAUUUGAAGUCACCGAUGAAGAUGUUCUAGUUUACACGAAUAAGAGCAUGCCGUCUAUUAGAUUCUCUGAUCGAGUCCAGACUGAACUCUCCAAACAAUGGAAAGCCACGGUUAUUGUCAAACUUCUUGGAAGACCUAUAAGUUAUCGGAAUCUCUGCAAUAGACUGGAAUCAAUGUGGAAUUUCACCCAAGGGUUUGAUGUUAUUGAUCUUGAGAACAAUUACUUCAUUGUCAAAUUCAGGAGUGGCAACGAUAUUGAUGCAGUACUAACAGACUUGGAAUCCUCAGUUGAUUGUAUUACUGAUAAUAUUCAGUCAAUUCAAGCUUGGAUAAGACUCCCCGGCAUGCCGAUACACUAUUACAAUAAGAAAGUCCUGAGAUAUAUUGGCCAGAUGGUUGGCCGUGUUCUUAAAAUUGAUUACUGUACUGAAGCCGCUGAGAGGGGCAAGUUUGCGCGUAUUGCGGUAGAACUUGAUCUAAGCAAACCUCUGGUUUCUCAAUUCUGUCUGGAUGGAAAGGUCCAAUUUGUCGAGUAUGAAUGCCUUCCUCGUAUCUGCUUUAAUUGCGGCAGGUUUGGGCAUACUAAAGAUCAUUGCCCUGAUAUUAUUAUCGCUAAUAUUCCGCCUACAGUCAGCUCAGGUAUUAGGGUGGAACCAGAAAAUGUUAUGCCGGCGGCGGAAGUUGCAAAGCCUGAAAACCCUAAUUUUGGUCCGUGGAUGAUAGUAGGCAAAAGAGGAAAGCCAACAACAGCUUAUGGUAAGAAGAAUUACCGCAUUUCUGGCAAUGAUAAUAGGAAGGAAAAUCACAAUGGAUCAAGAUUUCAGGUCUUGGAAAAGGAGAGUAUUGAGGAUCCUGCUGAUUUUGAGGAAUCUCCGACUUUAGUGGAGAAUGGUAUUGAGAAUAUCGUUUCUCCCCCUAUUCUUUCCAUUAACAACAAACCUAAUGCUCACCAUGCAAAGAAAGUCACAAAUGCCCCUAAUAAGUCAGCCAACUUGGCGGUUAGUAAGGCCCAUGAAAAUCCCCCUCACAAACCGGAUCUGCAGCCCAUUAACCGCUUUGUUGUGAAAACAAAAGACACUACGUUGAACUCCAUGCAACACUCAGUUGUUAGUGUGACUUAUAAUACUGACAACUGCUUAAAUGCCUCCAAACCAAGUUCUUCUUAUAUUGUUUCCCACACCCCCAAGAUAGCCAAACCACCUGAUAUUAUUCAUUCUAAUAAUGUUGAGAACCAGUUUAGGUCUUUCGAUCAAUCUUAUUCGUCUCAAGACCUGGCUAUGGAUAGUACCAUGAUUGAGGCAAGUUCAGUUUCUAAGAAUGAUGAGUCUCCAAAAGUUGAAGUUAUGGAGGGGAUAGCUCAUUAUCCUAUCUAA